AUGAAAGACACAAUUGCGAAAAAGAUAGGGAAAAAGAUAAGGGAAAAGAUAGGGAAAAAGAUAGGGAAUAUCAGGAAAAUAGGAUCACUGAGUAUUGGAGCCUUUGCCGGAGUCAUCAUAGCAGCAAUUGUGGGUUUCAUUGGGAUCAUCAUUGGUAUAUGCUUUUUAUUAGGUUGCUGUUUCAGCCGUAAAGCAAAAGAGGCUCAAAUUGCUGCUGAAGCUGAACAAGAACACAAGGCGACGACUUCAAUGGCUCCUAAUCAUAUCCUCAUCGUCCUCCUCAUAGUCGUCUCUCAUUCUCUAACUGCUGGGUAUUCUCUUUCCUCAAGAGAUGCUUACUCAAAACAAGACGACGAGUCAUAUGUCAUGGCAACGAGUGAUCAAGCACCAUCGGUGGUCGUUGUAGCAGAUCUAGUAAAAGGUCGUCUCCUAGCCAGAGUACUCGCCAGCUCAGAAGUGAUUGUGAAUAAUGUAGCUCAUAAGAGCACUUCAAAAAAAGGUGGAAAGAAGAAACAUAAGGGCAAGAAAAUAGGAUCAUUGGGUUUUGCAGCCCUUUUUGGAAUCAUCUUUGCACUACUUGUGGUUUUACUUGUGAUACUUAGUGUUAUAUACGUUUUUCAUCUGAAGCACAAAAGAAAAAAUGCUCGAAGUGCUGAACAAGGAACUGCCUCUGGAAAAGUCAAUGAGUCAUCGCAAAAUCAGACUUCCAAAACUGAAGAUCAUGUCUAAAACAACAUCAUCGUAUCAUCAUCACCUCAUGGGGAGCUCAAGAUUUAUUAUAUUUUCUGUUGUGUGAUUUCUUUUUUUAGUUAAUCCUGUGUUUAUGGUUCAUAUUAUUUCUGUUAAUAGAGUUAUA